ACCAGCUGGAUCUGUAGACAGGUUUUUUUUUUUUUCUUCUUAACCAUAGCUUUUCUAAGAAAGGAGCAGAGAGACGCGUUAACAAAAGUGACUCUAACUCAGCCUGAAGAUGCGCUUAUCCCUGACAGUGUCCGUGGUUUUAGCACUGGGAUUCAUUCUUCCUGAACGGGUGUCGCUUUCUGGGCCUCCAGAGGACUGGGAGGGAUCUGGAUAUGACCUGGAUGGUUCUGGAGAUGAUCCAGAAAAAGAAGGGACCAACAACAACCCCGACCCAGAUGUCGUACAAAGCCCUGUAGAUGGAAACACAAAUGCUGCCAAAAGCUCUUCAGUGCUGAAUGUGGGGAGAUCUCACACGCAUGACGGAGAUGCUGCAACGGAAUUGGUUAUUAUCCCAAACAGCAAAAGCUUACUGGAAAACAAAGAGAUUUUUGCAGCUGCCAUUGCAGGGGGACUCACUGGAGCAAUAAUAGGAGUUCUGUUAUCAGUGAUCCUGAUUUAUAAAUGGAGGAAGAAACACAAAGAAGAACAUAUUCAGAACAAGACUUCAAAAGAAGAAUAUCACAAACCCACUCAGGAAGUAGCUUUAAUUUAACUGUCACAUCCACAUUGGAUUGAAUUUUUACAAAUACCAUGGGUGUGUUCGUCUUCCUGAUUGUAGAGAGCUGCUAUUAAUGAAUUUUCUCAAAGGAGAAAAUCAUCAAUAUUUUUUUUCCUUGCACUUAAUAAAAAAAUGUUCACCAUAAAGUGUUCACACCCCUUCUCUUUUCUCUUAUAUUAACAGUUUUAAUUCUAAAAUAGUUUUUGAGAAUUUUAGUUUUCUUAAAGAUUCUAGAUUUUUACAUUUUUUCCCGGAUUUUUGCCUUAACACAAUCUCAGGUCUACUGACUUUUCCUUUGACUUUGUUCUGCACUGACUUCUGCAAUAUGAAUUGUCAACCUUGAGACCUUUUUAUGCGAGAUUGCCCAUUUCCAAAUCAUGUCCGAUAUAUUAAAUUUAGCAGAGGUGAAGAUGCAUCUGAGAUCAAUCAAUUGUACUAGCAAAGUCUGUGCAUACUUGUGAACCUACAAUGUUAACAUUUUUAAAUUUUCUUUUUACAAAAACACCUUUAAAAUGAUUGCACUUUGUCAUUAUGAAUAAUUUCUGUACAAAUUUUUCCAUAAAAAAUAAAAUCUAUUUUGGGAUCAGACUACUGUAUCAAAAUAAGUGAAAAAGAAAGGAUGUGAAUACUUCAUGGGAGCACUGUAUCUGUUAAUUUAACGUUAUGUCUGUGAUAAAAUGUGAUUAAAAUGUUUCAAGGACCUCAUUCUGCCUGUGUUGUAGAAAUAUAUAAUAUUCAUUAAUCUAGAAGUAUAAAAAUCAAUAACUGCUAAGCUAAGCUUUGACUUUAUUUAUCCUGGAUUUUGUCUGUUUUUUAUAAUCCUUCACACUGGUUUGAAAUGAGAUGCAGUGCAUCUCAUUUGACUUAUCAGUCAGUAGCAGUUUCCAUUGUUUUUUGUAGCACAAUGAAAAGCAUAAAGGAAAAAUGGGCGGGGAAAAACUUUUUCAGAGCCUUUUAGGUUUUUACUAAAUUAAAAUGUUGAUUAGUGUGUGUUGCCACUGAGAUUCCUGACAAAUAAUAAUACAUAGUUUUCUAGUGACAUCUCUGCUCUUUUUGUAGGUUCCAGAUGUUAGUUUUUUGUAUUUUUGUUUUCUUUCUGGCACUUACAAAAAAUAAAAUGGUGUCAUUAAAAUCAAAGCUAACUGCUAGUUGUUUCAUUCUAUGCAAUGUAUGUACAGUUGUGUUAGAAAGUCUUCAAUAUAACUGGAUUUUUAGUGUUUUAUAAUGUACUAUUUACUCCCUGUAUAAUGUCUCUCCUUGUGUGUGUGCUUUAAUUACAUGAUACAUCUUAAGAUAUUGGAUGAAAACGUAUUAAAUUUGACAGUUUGUGCAAUAUUAAAAUUAUAUAUCAUAAUUUUUUUUCUCACAUUUUUUUUGCACUUAAUAAAUGGGAACAAAUCUUGUCUUGAGAUGCUUAAAUCUGUAUUUGUGUGAAUAUAAUACUGGUUCGUCACUUGAAUUGGGAACGCUUGAGGUUGACUGUGUUUUGUGAGUCCAUGCCAACAAAAAUGCAUUCUUCUGGAAAUGGUCAGGUCCCUGGACUGAACUUAAAAAGAAAGAAUAGUAAAUAUCUCCUGACAAAACUGAAAACACUUUCAAAAAAAGCAUGUGUAACUGUUUCUCAGGACCAAGUGUCCUUAGAGCCAAGAAGAUCAUACCAUACAAUUUAAUGUUGCACUCAAUAAAUAAAAAUGUCAAAAGUUCAUUCAUUUCA